AUGCCUUCCUUCACCGUCUUCAAGGGCCAAAAGGGCGGCAAAGUCGUCAAGAGCCAGGUCGAGAAGCCAGAGCUCAAGGGCGACCAGGUCCUCCUCCGUGUCACAGCCUCCGGCCUAUGCGGUACCGACCUCCAUUACAGAGAGGCAGAUAUGGGUCUCGGCCAUGAGGGUGUCGGUGUCAUUGAGGAAACCGGUCCAGGUGUCACAUACUUGAAGAAGGGUGACCGCGUCGGAUGGGGAUACGAGCACGACAGCUGCGGACACUGUGAACAGUGCUUGAAGGGCAAUGAGACGUACUGCCCUGAGCGUGCGAUGUACGGCAUGGCGGACCUCGACCAGGGUAGUUUUGCGACUCACGCUGUGUGGAGGGAGGCCUUCCUGUUCCCGAUCCCAGACUCACUGAGCGAUGAGUCUGCUGCGCCAUUGAUGUGCGGUGGUGCUACCGUCUUCAACGCCCUUCACGCAUACAACGUGCAGCCAACUGAGGUAGUCGGUGUGAUGGGUGUGGGUGGAUUGGGACACCUGGCAAUUCAGUUCGCUGCAAAGAUGGGCUGCCACGUCGUUGUACUCUCCGGAUCCGACAAGAAGAAGGACGAGGCCUUCAAGCUGGGAGCUCAGGAAUUCAUCGCAACCAAGGAUGUCGAGGAGAUCAAGCCAUCGAAACCAUUGAACCGCCUGUUGGUCACAACCUCCGCACAGCCAGACUGGAACAAGAUCGUCAACGCUUUCGGCCCAGGUGCAACGAUCCACCCACUCUCUAUCGACGAGGGCAACUUCGCCAUCCCAUACAUGCAACUGCUCCUGAACGGUCUUACAGUUCAGGGAUCGGUUGUGGCAUCCAGAUACAUCCACAAGCGUAUGCUGGAGUUUGCCGCCCUCCACAAGAUUGAGCCCAUUAUUGAGAAGUUCCCAAUGGACGAGGAGAACAUCAACAAGGUAAUGGACAAGUUGAACAAGGGUAACGUCCGAUACCGUGGUGUCUUCGUCAACCAGUAA